UCAUAAUAAUGAGCAACUUACCCAAUUCACAUCAUCCACCUUAAGCUCCAUAAUAAAGUGCACCAUACUAACCACCAUAAUUCUAACCUGGAUUUGCUCCUUAAUAUGCUCCUGCUCCAAUAUCUUAUGGUCCACCUCUCACUUCAUCACCAUUGAGAUAUUCUCAACCACUUUAUUAACCCUCUGUUGUAGCAUAACCAGUAUAUACUCCUCCUGUUGUUUAACAACCUGUCUAUGCUCCUCCUGUUGUUUAACAACCAGUCUACACUCAACCAGUUGUUUAAUAACCAGUAGUAACACAAUCUGUAGUUGCUCAACCAGUUGUCGCAUAACCAGUUGUUGCAGCAUAACCAAUUAAGGGAGAAAGCAGAAUUGAAUAUGUCCCAUAUGAAAAGACUGUAUUAGAAUAUGAAGAAGUAAGAUAAAAAAUUCAAGUUCCAAGAGAAAGAUAUGUGACAGAUUAUUAUGCAGUGGAAUAUUAGACAGAAUAUGUUCCAUAAGUAUUCUAAGAAAAAUACACAGGUAUUAAUAAUAAUCCUAUCCAUAUUAGAAUAUGUCCCAGUAGAUAGAUAUUAAGAAAGAGUUGAAUAUUAUCCAGUUGAAAGACAAGUUGUUCAUCAACCAGCCUAAUAAGUCUAAUAAGUUGUAGCUUAGCCAGUUGUUUAAUAACCACUCUAAGUUUUUUAACAACCAGUUUAAGUUGUUCCAUAAUCAGUCGUUUAAUAGCCAUUGGUUCAAUCAAUCCCAGUCUAAACUGUUCGUCCACCUGUUUAUGCUCCAGGAUCAUUACCAUUGGGUUAAACUGUCUCACCAAGAUUGCCUCCUUAAGCUUAAGUAUUUUUAUUAUCAUAUUUCUUAGACCAAACCUCAAGCCCAAUAGCCAUAACCAAAACAACCAUAAUAAUAAUAGAAAACAAAGAGCUUUUUGGACAGAUUAUUCGACAGAGAUUGAUAUAGAAUAUUUAAAAAAUACAUAUAUUAGAU